AUGUUGGGAGGACUGCUUAUCCUCUGUCUUUCAUUCCUCGCUGCCUCAGCAGAAACUGGAAAGCACUGGGCUCUGAUUGUAGCUGGAUCCAACGGAUGGUACAAUUACAGGCACCAGGUAAUCAUCAUAAUCGGCAAGCAAACAUCAUAUGAGCUGCAAGGUCCCAUCCUAUUAUUUCGGCCUAAGAACAAAUGCGCAAAUAACGAUCAGAGUAGGACGCUUUUCAGUCUCUCCCGGCAUGAUGCAAGUAACAGAAAAUUAAAAUUACUGAAUUUAUCAACAUACUUAUGCCUCAUACUCACAAAAUGAAAGUCACGAGACAUGAAGCAUGUGGACACGCACUUCCGCUUUUGAACGGAAGAUAUUUGGGAGUUAGGUUGUAAAGGUAACUGUAUAACCACAGACUGUUUAAGAGAUAUUUUAUUUUUUUUCUUUUCCACUGUUUUCUUUUAUUGGGAGAACUGCAUGCGUAACAAGGUUUUCUGUAAGGUGUUAAGUAGCCGGAGCUUUUUUAAGGUAAACGGCUGACACGGGGUCUCGAAAUCCAAUACGGGGGGACAAAACGUCAUAUCGUUAGUGCUUUCCUGCCACCGCAGCAAGAUUUGUCAAAAAGACAGCCCCCAUCAGAACGUAUUUAAACUAAACUUGAGUCAGAAGUCUUUUUAUGUUUUCAGAAAAGAUAGGCAGUGCAAAUUUAUAUUUUUGUUGAGCCCAAGUUUAGACCUGAUAAACAUCAUCUCUGUACGGGCUCUCGAAGCAAUGAAAGUAGCCGGCGAAACCUUGCAGAGAAGCCGGUGUACUUCGCCGGCUGCCGGCUCUUAUCUACAACCCUGGUGUAAUACAGCAUGGGGUUACAUGCUGUUCUUGGCGGAAAUGUAGCUGAAAUCUUUUGCUCUUACUCGCAUUAUCAUGUAAAUGUCUUGGUCGGUCCAUUGGGCAAAAAAAGAAGUCGAGAAAGAGGAAACGAUAUUGCUGCUAACUGUUUUUAUAAUCCUAAUGUCUCUAAAUUAAAUGUACAUCCAAGAAAAUUCGUUUUUUAAUGAUCACUCUAACAUUUAAGUCUUUUUUAUCUACCUGUGAAUUAAUUAAGAAUAUCAAUUUAGUUACCCACAUGUCCUUGAAUUUUGCUUUUUAUGCAGUUCUUCUGGAUUUGGCUUUUUGCUUAGCGAAUUGGAGGUCAACUUGAUUGACUUGCAUAAAUUAUUAUUCCUUCACCAUUUUCUGAUAAAUGUUUCACCUCUUUUAUUUCACCUUGGUUGUCUGAAAAAUGAGUGACUCUUUGAGAUUUCCUGUGAGCCAUUUUGACUGGUUCAAAGACAAGCAAGGUGUUUGGUAGGAUAACUGGUCAUCUAAUUAACAAAUAGAGAAGCCUUUACUGUGCUCUGUUCUGUUGUAAAGCACACAGGAAGUGGCUAGAGCACAAAAGAAGUGUAGGGGGAAACACGAGACGUAGUCAAGUGUUUCCUCCCUACUUCUUGAGUAGACAAACACCGUCAUGAUUAGUAUGAAUUUUAACAGUUAUGCUAGGUUAUAUUUUUCAUCAUUCCCGUUUUUUUCUGUUUUGUUUUUGAACACGAAACUUUAUAUACUAUACAAGUGUUAGCUGUAUUUGAUUUUUAUUACUGCACGUAAACUUGAAAUCUAACUGAGCGUGAAAACCUUUAAAACUUGGACUUUCUGUUUUGUUUUAUCUUUGACAAUUUUUGUCUCUGCUCAUGUUACAGUAACAUAAAUUACUGCACCUGACAUUUUUGCAAACCUUUUCUCACUUGUUGCAAAAUUUCCCUUUCAAUUAGCAAAAUUUUACUUUCAAUUAACAAAAGAAAAGCUCAAAAGAAGUCCUGGAAAAGGUCGGACAUGUACAAUUUGGCAGAUGGCAUGACAGCUUUAGUUCAGUUCUAUGAUCUAUACUCUCAUAGAGCACGCUCUUUUAACCAAUGACAGCACACAUUAUAUCUGAACUUUAUUAUAACAUUCUAUGAAGUGUCCUUCUUCUGGUAACCAUUAUAACCUCUUGGGAAUGGAAAUUGUGAGAUGCUCUCUUUAAGGAGAACUUCAAAUGAUGUGUUCAUUUUCUUGUAUUUAGGCUGAUACAUGCCAUGCCUACCAGAUACUCCACAAAAAUGGUAUUCCUGAUGAAAACAUUGUGGUCAUGAUGUAUGAUGACAUCGCCCAUAAUCCCUCGUAAGUUCACUCAAUUCCAAUUUAUGUAUCUUAAUUAGAUGGACUUAGGUUCUGCACUAAUGUAAUUUCUCAAAUAUGUGGGAGACAUGUUUAAGAGUUUGCCUUAAGAAGCCCAGGGCUGAGUCAUGGUGUUGUGUUCUUAGAAAGAAACUUUACCGUAAUGCCCCUCUCUCCCCAGGAGUAUAGAAGAGUACCAAUGAGAGAUAUCAGGGAAGCACCCAACAUAGGAGGGGGGGGGGGGACAGAAACUGCAACAGGCUGUCAUUGCAGCCAUGGGGUGUAGGAAUUCUCCUCAUUACUUUAUGAUUAAGAAUCCAACAUAAGCUCUAGCUGGAAAGGCCUCUAGACAAGAUUUUUUCCAAAAAUGUGAUACAUGUUCAUGUACACACACUUGGGGUGUAAAGUGUAACAAAAAUUAUGAAGAUUAUACAGAUAAAGGGUGAGGUUAAGAAGAACAGGGUGAAUACUAAGUAUUGAGUUUUGUGGGACCACUUAAUUAGCCAAUCAUACAUGUACAUCAGAAGCCAAAAAUAUGAAGGACUUAUUACAAUUUUACAAUGUGCCCAUCAUAAUUGUAUGCAUGGAAAUUAAGAAAGUUGGCGUAAUCAGGAUGUUAGAUAACCGUGUAGUCUAUUCUGUGUACCACUAAUGGCACAUGACAUUACAUGGAUCAAAUUAACUGGUUUCAGCAAAGAUUUGUGUUAACUCAUGUUGCUCAUUCACUGGCUGAGAUUGUGUAGUUAUCCCUCAAUACAAGAGAAGAAGCUAGGACAAGAAAAUAUUUUUGGUAUUUUGUUCACAAACAUCCCAUUUUUACAAAGGAAUUGAAUUAAUCAAACUAAAGUAGUCUUGUUUAUUAUCAGGAAUCCAACACCUGGCAUCAUUAUAAACAAGGUUAGUUGAUUGAAUUAUAUUAUAUAUCUUUUAUUGUUUCCAAACCAUUAGUACAUGCAUCUUAUAUGAUUAUAAAAAAAUAAUCCUAAACUUUACAGACGGCUAUAAAUUAAUUUAUUUAUAGCAUAGUACUAUAAGAACUGUUGAUGACUUUUGAGCUACAGUGAUUGUUAUUAUAUAUUUAUAUGUAGUGUGCUUGAAGUAGAGUUACAUGUACAUGUCCUAGUAAUUGCUAGUGGACUGAGUGGAGUCCAAUUCAGCAUGUAAUCAUGUGAAUGAUAAAAAAAAAUCGGAUGACCAUGUGGUGGGAGUCCGAUUUGUUAAUCAUGAGACAGUAUAUUUAUAGAGAAUUGGAUCACAAAGUUCUGUGACCUAUUAACCCAAAGUAUUACAAAAUUCAAGAGAGAAACUAGACAUCGUAUGUAUACAUUUUCAUAAAAAAGGUACAACUGCAUGUGCACAUGACUGUUACUGUCCACAUAUUUAGGCAUGAUGUGUUGACAUUGUCCAAUUACAAGCAUGAUGUGUACACAUAUCCUAUAGGUGUCCAAAUUUGGCUGGCGAUAACCAAUUACAUUCAAGAAUUUUGUUAUAAUUUUGAUUAAAUGUAGUACUGUAUCAUAAACUAAAUUACUCUUAUAUUUUUCCUUACUCAGCCAAAGGGAGACGAUGUGUACAAGGGUGUUCCAAAAGACUACACAAAGGAGGUAAAACUUUCUUAAGUCAUAUUCAAUCUUGAGUAAAUAUUGAGUAAAUUUUUCAAAGUGUAGAAUCAUUUUAAAGCUAUUGUUGGUAAUGUUCAAAACUUUUUUGGCACAGUGGUAUUAUGGUCAGGAGAACUUCAUUUCAGAUAAUCUAUUUUUACAUGUGGCUAGAUGUUGUGGGUGGAUGUUGAUUACUUCUCUGGAAAUUCACGGAACUACUUGAGGGCUGACUUUUAGACCCUAAAUUUUUAUUUUAUAUUUUAUCUCAAGUUUAUCUUCCCCCUUUGAGUAUCAUCCAUUAUUCUCUGCCCUUUUGCCCUCACCUGGCCAUUCACCCUUGCCCUUCAGUCCUAACCAUUCAGCCUACCCUCUACCUUCUCAUACCUUAUUCUGAAUCCCUUACCCCCAACACCUCAGCCCUCACUUUUUCACCCAACCCAUCCUUCUAACUCUGCACUCCUCAUCACUCACCCCUCAACCCUCAGCCCACACUGAAACCUCUCCAAAACAUUCUUUGCCCAUCAGCCCGCACUCCUAAACCCUCACUCUACACCCCACCUAUUCUUCACACUCAGCACAAUAUAUUUCCCACUCCUCAGCCCUUACUCUCUAUGCCACCCCUCCCCCUCACUCUACACUUUUCAUUCCUCACCCCACAGCCCUUAGCCCACACUCUCCCCUCCCCCACUUCAUUCUUAUCCCCUCAUUCCUCUAUUCCUCUCCCCCCCCCACUCCUUAGCCUCGAGCCCUCUUCCUUAACCCUCACACCAUAGCCCUCUGCCAUCACUCAUCCAUCCUUCCUUCAGUUCUAACCUUUCCCUCACAGUUCAAAGCCUUCAAUGUUGAUCUCAUUUUAGACAUGGUGUUUGGUCAGGUAGAAAACUGCAUCUACAUGUACAUGUAGUUGAUUAUACCACCAUGACUGAUUGUACAUGUAAUUAAAUCCAACUGUUAUGCGACAGAGAGACCAAGAGUAGACAUGCAUAUAUGUUGUGGUUCAAUUUUAUCCUUAGUUAAUUCAAAUUUUAUUUUCCUUUGUGUAUGAGUAUUGUAAAUAGAAUAACAAGUUUGAAACAAAAGGAAUGAAAAUUUGAACUAAGGAUAAAAUUGAACCACAUCAUAUACAUGCAUGGUUUCAAUGCCUAACUUUGUGUUACAUGUUUUUUGUUUUUUAUUCUGUUUAUAUUGAUCCCAUUGUUUAGGACGUGACGCCAAAUAACUUCUUGAACAUUCUGAAGGGAAAUAAACAAGCCAUGAGUGGGAUUGGUAGUGGAAAAGUGAUUGACAGGUUCAACAUAAAAUGCAACGUAUUAAAUAUUGUAGCUGGUCAUUGCAUGGUCAUGAUGAUCUUCAUUUAUGGAUGGUGACUCUAAAUGUACAUAUAUAAUCAUGUGUCAAGACAAACAAAAAAGUAUUUGUUUAUUACAUAUAGCUAUUAUGAACAACUAGCUACAUCUAACACCUCUUUUUUGACUCAUAGGGUGAGUUAUUUGAACAACAUUAAGCUGUUGUAUAACAAAACCAUGUCCUAAACAAUCCUCAAUUCAGCUGGACCUUUUUAUUAAACUUUUUCUAUGUGAGCAGUGAUAAGAGGGUGAAAAACUAACAGUGAAAGGACAUUUAUUAGUUAGGUAAAUCUACACUCUUACAGAGAAAGCCUAAGGCCCACUGAUUGCAUUAACUGGUGGUUUGGGUUAGACCUCAUGUAAAUAAAAAGCCCCUAUAGCUUGGACUACAUGAAGAUUAAUAACCCAAUCUCAGUAAUUUUUACAGGAAAUUUACUUUUUCUUUUCUUUCCCUCUCAGUGGGCCAAAUGACCAUGUUUUUGUUUAUUUCACUGAUCAUGGAGCUACUGGACUCAUUGCAUUUCCAAGUGACAUGGUGAGUUUGUGAAUCAAGUAAUUACAAGAUCCCAAAUGCAACUCAUCUUGCUUUAUUGCAUUUCCAGGCCUUUCAAUCACCUGCAAACUCCAAGGUUAAAAGCUAAACUUGCAAUUUCGUUUCAUGUUUUGUUUUACUCUUCAUUGCAUAACUCUGCCGUCUGAAAGCAGAGAAAUACUAAUAAAACUGAGUUAUUAUAAUUCUCCAAUCAUAACUCAGAAACACAACCUUGCAUGUUAUUGAAAAGCCCAGUAGAUGCAAGAACCAUGGUGUGUUCCAACGCAACUUUACAAUCAAAAUAAGUGUGUGAUUUUAUUCAUGGAGAAGGGAAAUUCCACAAAGGUUGCACCAGAUCAAGAAGCUAAUACAGUAACUACUGCAACAAUGCUCUGAGACAAAGUGCUACUUGUCUACUGUUUCCUGAACUUGUGGCUGCAUCUCCAUUCUUGCCAGGAUUAUCAGCACAAAUUCAAAAUGUGGCAUAUUGAUUAUAAUCAAAUGAACAACACAAGAAUAAUACCAAGAAUUUCUUCAAUGUUGUAGUGUUUGUGCAACAGGCAUCAAGGACUUCCAUUGUGUAGAACUUGGGUCCUAUAACCCAUCAAGCAGAGAGCAUUAUGUGAUUGGAUGGGUUAAUGAGUUUGCACUGCUUAUGUUGAGGCCUUUGGGGUUAUUUAGGGGCAACUCAAAUGUGCUCCAUGUACACAGGGGUGUAGCCAGACUUUUUUUUAUGAAAGUUUCUCUCUCAAAUUUGUAAUAGUUUUGAUCAAAAGGGGGGUCACACUGUCUCAAUUAGAGGUUACUUUACCAAAUUUUCAUGUCAACCUCCACACUGUGUUUGACUAAAUAAGACAAAAAAAGUUUGAUUUAAAAUAGGGGGGUGGAGGGCACUGUACCUUUAAAUUAUGCAGCAAAAAGUUGUUAUACUUGUUGUUGGAUGCCUGAAAACCUACCCCUCUUAACCCUUCAAUGCCCAAGAUCUCAUUAGUAACAAAAAGUUUGAUUUAAAAUAGGGGGGUGGAGGGCACUGUACCUUUAAAUUAUGCAGCAAAAAGUUGUUAUACUUGUUGUUGGAUGCCUGAAAACCUACCCCUCUUAACCCUUCAAUGCCCAAGAUCUCAUUAGUAAUACCCUUACUGUCUGUCAUACAAUUCUUAUGAUGCUAGCUCAGAAUUUGACACUGGGUCAACAAGAAAAUCCUCAAACCUUUUCUUUAUUCUCAUCACCUGUCUGAUUGAUGUUGUAUUGAUAUUGAAAGGAGAAAUUCUGUCUUGGUCACUUAUGGGAGUUAUAGGGUUAAAGGGGAAAAAAGUACUUUCAAAAUUUUUCCAUAUUUCCUUGUUUUUCUCUUCUCUUCAAUUGGCCAAUGCUAAAAAGGGUCCAAAUGUUUCCAUGAACAGAUUCUGUGGACUGUGAUCUUAGUGAACAAAUUAAUUUUUUUUCUCUUCAGUUGAUGGCACAUGACUUAAUAGCUGCCCUGGAUGAGAUGUAUGAAAACAAGAAAUUCAGCAAGGUAUGACAAAUGAGUAGUCUUAUAAACCAAAGAUUCAGUAGUUUAUAUAAGAUUCAAUGUACUAUUUACAAGUUUAUGACAAUGUUAAUGAUUCACCUUGCAUCCUGUUGUGUAGUCUCAUGUACUGUAAGUUUGGCUUUUCAUGUGUAAUAGUUGUCACUGAAGGUUAGGGCAGGGCAGUGAACAUGUGAUGUUCUAGGGUCACCUUGACAGAGAUGUUAAUGAUACUUACUAGUACUCAAAAAGAUUUGCCAUUUUUAAUCACUUCAAUAUUGGUUGGGUAGUCUGAUUGUCUGAUUGAAAGUAGUCCACAAAAGAACUAUUGUUGGUCGUCAUAACUGAUGUUGCAACAGCAUUAUGGGAAGCCACCAUCAGAGUUAAGUAAGGGGUUAUUUUGUUAGUUGAUUGAUGUUAAGUCAGGUUCAGGAAAAGUGAUCGGUCAGUUUAGCCUUGAUGUCAUUGGCUGUAAGACUGAAAUAGCAGAAGUUGGUAGUGAUUGGUUAGUUUCAAUUCUUUGGUAAUGUUCGGUCAUCAUGUUCAAUUCUUUUGUGAACAUGAUGACAACUACAAUGUAUUCUUACUUGAAGAUUAGACUACACAAUCAAAUAUAUGGUUGGUACGUGCAAAAGUAAGAUCAAAUAAGCCAGCUUGAAAAUAUCUGACAGGAGGUCUGGCAUUUUUUUCCCUCAGUUGGUGUUCUACCUUGAAGCUUGUGAGUCAGGGUCCAUGUUUCACAAGAAGCUCAAGAACAACAUAGACAGUAUGUGUGCCUUCUAUUUCCUAGGCAAAAUGCAUUUUGCAGGAAAAUUUUUUAUCAUAGAGAAAAUUUAAACUAACAAGAAAAUAAAUGAAGUGUUGUUAGCAUGAGGUUCCUGUUGGAGUCAUGGGUGGAAACCUCAUCUUUGAAACACUAUACUUAUUUUCUUUUUAAGAAUUUUAUCCUUCUUCAUUACGUGUUGCACUUUGGAGGGGAGGGGUAGGGUGGGAAUAGUUAUGUGUGAGUUUCAUACCUCUCAAGGCUGAUUCUUAACCCUUUACCUCCCAUGAGUGACCAGGAGAGAAUUUCUCCCCACAAUAUCAAGACAAUGUCAAGCAGACAAGUGAUGAGAAUAAAGAAAAUAUGAAUUAUGGGGUUAUUAGUUAAUCCAAUACCAAAUUCUCCAUUUACAUUAUAAGAAUUGGCAGUAAGUAAGGGGAAAAACCAAUGAGAUCGAGGGGUUAAAGGUUUAAACGGGCUUUUUAAGGGUUUUAUCACUUAUUUUGAUUAACGACUGAUAUAUGUGAUUGUCGGGAUCUUUUUUUUCCAGUCUAUGCAACUACUGCUGCCAAUCCUGAUGAAUCUUCCUAUGCUUGCUACUACGAUAAGAAAAGGCAAACGUACCUUGGGGAUGUGUACUCUGUGAAGUGGAUGGAAAACUCUGAUGCGGUAUGUGACAUGAUUUACUUCUCGUUUAUUUUUGCAGUGCUGAGUUCAAAAGUCGUUCGUUCUUUUAGUAAUGGUAAUUCCGGACCAUGGAUUAGUAGAUGAACUAGUGAACUAGUAUCUGUUUGACUUCAUAUCGAUUUGCAGGUUGAUCUAACUAAGGAGACACUCAUGAAGCAAUUCCAAAUUGUGAAAGAAGAGACGAACACUAGUCAUGUGAUGCAGUAUGGAGACAUGGUAUAUUUAUUUUAUAUGAAAUGAAUACGACCCCCUACCCCGUCAUCUUUCCCUGACUAUUCACCAGUACCUAUUUAUACUCUUGGGUGGAGAGAGGUAUGGUGAGGGUUAAGUGUCUUGUCUAAGAACACAAGACAAUGACCCGUCUACGUCUCGAACCUGUUAAAUAGUAAUACAGUUCAAUCAAUAGGAGCAUUUCCUCUGUAAGAGAGGAAAGAAAUAGAAUCAUAAACUUAGCACAUAGCUUCUCCAGUGUGGAAUUCUCAAGCCCUUCCGGUAAAUGUGCGCUCAUUCUAGCUCUGUUCAGGCUGUAAGUGAUAAAGAUGCAUCUAUACAUGUGUACAUGCCUUUUGACAGUAAGCUAACAUGAUUAACAUGAUUAAGCGCAUUUUUUCUCUGACAGGAUUAUGUUAAUGAUGACCUGGAUGACUUCCAAGGUGACGGGAUGGGAAGUGUUGCCGGAAAAUCUCCGGAGGAGUAUCGUGGGGAACCAAUUGUAAGAGCUACUUGUAGUUAGGCCUCUCUGCUAAAUACUAUUCAGCUCAUUGGUAUUGCAGGUUGGGUUUUACUUCAUGCAAAUGAUUCCCUUUUUUUCUGCUGGCUCAGCCUUACUGGGGCGCUGUAAUUGAAGUCUGUUUUGUAAAACAUUCGAAUGUUGGGUACGUUUGCGAGCGCAACAGCGUAUUAGAUGGUGUCUUUUGUCAAGAAAUCCCAAAUGAAUCAGAUAUUAUUUAGGGAAAGAGGGGAUAAGUUUUCAAUAAAAAAAUUACACGGGAAAUACUGUAUUUUAAACUAAAGUUAACAUCGCUGUCAGUUAUACAAGUACGCUGAACGUGUAUGGUAUGCUGAGGGGAAUAAGGUCAUUUGAAGAAGCUUACAUCAAGAAAUACUCAAAUCUGCAUGGAUAUUAAAGAUUAGUGUAUAGUAAAACAGUGGAUAGCGUCGAAGGCGCGCUCUGAUUGGCUACUCCAACUCCGAAUAUCCUUUGCCAGCAUAGAUAUACUAAAACAGUGGAUAGCGUCGAGAGCGCGCUCUGAUUGGCUACUCGAACUCCGAAUAUCCUUCGCUAUUCACCCCCGAGCAACUCACUUGGGAUUUGCGUCCGAAAAUGUUGUAAUCGUUUCAGGAAUAAGCGCGUUAAAAUCAUCUUUUUGAGCUGCUAUAUCACUGUUUAAGUAUAUACUUAAACAACUGUUCACCCCAGUGUCGGUGGCUAGCCGUGGUUAUUUACCUCGCUGCUUCGCGGCUCGGUUUAUAUCCACCCCGAGCCACCUCCACUCCGGUGAAUAGUUGUGAAUUACUAUGAUAUUCUCCGAAACGGUCUUGUUCUGACUGUAAUCAGAGUUAAUCAUAAUGCUAAUUGAGCCGUAGAAAAUGAUAUAAGCAUGUUACGCUAUAAAUUCGUUUAAAACGUGGGUCUAAUUUGGCCAUCACCCCAUCCUGUGUCAAUUGUUGUGCUCAGUCUUUUCUUGAACGCAAGUAAUUGAAUUUCAGAGUUUAUAUUUCGUCAGCAUAUUUUUAAAUUAAACUAAACGGGUUGCACAUGACGAACUAAAUGAAGUACGCUUUUUCAAGAUCCUGCCUCCUUUACAGGUCUGUUAAUUUGGAACAGGCGAACAACUCUAAUAAAGAAUUUCACAAAAGGAAUAACUCUAACUUGUUGGGUUACAUUUAUUUGCAGACCGAUGCCAUUCCUUCACCAGAUGUCGAGCUGAAUAUCCUUCACCAUCGCCUAAAGGAUAGUGCGAGCCUGGCCGAAAGACGAGAAAUCGCUCGUGAAAUCGAAGAGUUGCUUGAGGUAGAAUAUGACUGUUGUUGUUAUUGUUUUGUCUUUUUUUUUUAACAUAAUUUUCUUACAUGUUUCUUUUGACUUGACUUGCCUUAUGAACUCCAAAGUCAUUUUAGAGUGUUUUUUCGGAGAUUACGUCAGGGUUUUCACGGGUUAUCAGCAUGUAAGAUAGAAGUAGACCUAUUUUCCUGGAAUUUUGGAAUGACCCUUGACAACAGCCUCACCGUCUACUUUACUCUGCUGUAAGGAAAAAUUCUUCCUACGUAGAGGCCCAUAAUCGGGUCGCACUCAAAGAUUUUGAUGGAAAGAGGAAGUUUGAUGUUUCAGUGUGUAAGAGCGUUUAGUUUAGUGUGCAGCAGAAAAGCAGUGCUACCCCCAAACGCAAAGAUUAUCGUGUUGCUUAUCCAAAUAGACCAGGCUCCACACACUAACAAUGGUUUAACUCAUGACCACAUGACGUCACUUUAUCUCUCGACCCAGUUCUCUGGCUGAAAUUAGAAUGAAACGUAGGCUUGCAGCAAUAGACAGUUAAUACGAAAUAUCGCGAUUUAAAUGAUCGGACUUGGGUUAGGUGUGCCAAAUUUAAAAUAAAAAUCAAGGAAGCACUAAAAAGUGUAUUUGUCAUAGUUAAAGCACUUUCAGUAAACUGUAAACUUUGAGUUGUUCGUUUCGUUUGUUCAAAAAACAGCGGAAGGAAGGUGUCAGAAAAACAAUGGAGUCGAUUGUGGAACAGUGUACCUCCUCUGAGGAGCAGAAGACUCGGGUCCUGAAGACUCGUGCUGAUCCAAAAGACUUUGACUGUUAUAAGCAGGCUGUCAAAACUUUCUCAAAGACUUGUUACAAUCUGGGACAGGUAAUGACGACCCCCCCCCCCCCCUCCUGUUUAGAGGUGUUCUAAUAAUAUAAUUCCGAAAACUCUACUUUAAGACACAUGGCUAUCACUGUAACAGCCAGUGCUAAAUAAAAUCUCACCCCUAAUGGCUACCAGCUUUGAAAAAAAAAACAAAUAAGCUGGAACUUACAACUCAAAAGCGAUGAAGACAACUACUUCCUCUCUUGAAGAUUUCUCAAAAGUAUGUCGUAAAUCUGAAAUCAAAGGGGAAAGUUAAUUGUGUAACAAGUAUCGUUGCGGUUUCCGACAUUUUUUUGAUCGGUAAUCUUAAAGAUUCCUUUGAUUUUUACGCAAUAUCGCAACGGUUAAUUUGAGGAUUUAGAAACCCAAUUGCUCUUCAAAUUUCUCCCAAGCACAACAAGCACCCACUUGGAAGGGAUGUAGGGCUAUGAUCGACAAAGUAUCAUUCAAAUACUGUAUCCACCAAGGAAAACAUUGCUAGUUGAAAUUUAGAAGAAUAAAAAAAGAAUGCUGUCCCUGCCUUCUUAGCCUCUUUUCAUACUCAUGGUGCUGUUUUUAAACUUCUCAGAAUGACCACGCCCUGCGUCACGUGUAUGCCCUCUCUAACUUGUGCGAAGAAAACAUUCCAACUGAAAUGUGAGUAUGGUCUUAUACAUUUGCUUUCAAUUUCUUUGUAGUAACGCUAUCUUAAUUUGCAAUUUAUUUUUAGUUUCCAACAAAGUACAAAGCAGGGUAGGAAACUGUAGAAUCUUUAAAAAAAACCUUCAUACCUAUCGACACAAAAUUUUCCCGCAGGGGGCUGGAUGGGUGUUUCCAUACAGGUAUUUUAUUGGACGUUUGAGUGGAGGAUUUCUCGUUAUCAUAGCCAAAAAGGGUAGCAGUAAGAUACCUCAGGGUCCCUCCCCUCCCCUGUUAUUGACGGUCGUAGUAGAUUUUGUUACUUUGUUGACUUGUUGCAAUAAAUCCCUUUUCGUCAUCCUCAUUCAUUGCGUGACAGUUGCUACUGUAACGACUCCAACCAAAACAAAAAGGAAGCGAAGAAGAACAAACAAGAAUUGUUUUCUGGAGUUUCAGCGCCUCACCAAUGGGACCAAUCCUUGGGAAAAAUUUAAACGAAAAGAAACGAAAUGAGGGUUGCUUCUCUUUUCCUUUCUUUUUUUUUUUCUUUUUUUCUCAAAAUAGACACAUUAUGCUAGUGAAUUACUCUUGUUAACUUUCGCCGUGAUUUCAUUCCCCAACAGGAUUGUAUCUGCAAUCAUGAAAGAGUGUGCUGGAAUCAAUUAGAAAAGGAACAUCCUCUUUCUUCGGAUUUUUAGUGUUUGCAAGGCCUGAGGCUUUUAGCUAUUUUCACAUAUGUUGAUCUUUUCUCUUUUAAAUGAUUAGAUAGAGUUUUUACUUUGUAUACUUUGUAUCCUAAUUUUUUGUACUUGAUGGUUUUGAUUCUAUUUUACUACGUUCUUUGAUCUGUUGACCGCUGGAAGGUGAUCAGACUGUUAAUGAUUUAUCUCUGGUUGAGCUAACAUUUGAAUGAAGAACUUAGUCAGAACUGGGAUACAAAAGUUUGAAACAUUUUUUAAAUUGUACAAUUGUAUCUCACGCAGGCUAACAAUUGAGCUUAAACUCAGGGAUAAAUAGAACAACUCUGUAUCAUGUUUUGAUGGAUCUUAAAAGUGACAUAAGCGACAUAACAUUGUAAUUCCGCCUUCUCGGCAGUAAAGAUAAAAUGUAAAAAACCGAUAGGUUAGUGUUUGCUUCCAAAGUACCACUGCCUUGCGUUAAUCAAUAAUACACGAAUUAUUAAUUUUUUUUUUUCGGUUCAUCAGUUCUUUUUAGGA